AUGAACCUCCUCGAGCGCCUUAAUCAAAAGAUGGAGAUUCUCAGGUUAGAACAACGUUAUACUCGCCAGCGCAACCGUCGCACCACAUUUGUAUCGGAAGCUCAAUAUGUAAAUGGCGAAUACAUAUAUUCACCUACUUCCCCACAUGGGACAAAAUAUACUGCCGAUAUAAAGAAAGCAAAAGAGACUGACCAUCAACCAGGACCAAGCAAAGUCACGGGUCGUUUGCACAAGAUGGGACUAGAUUGGGGCAAAAAAAGGGGAGAGACUUCUACGACCAGCUCAUCAACAUCACUGCCACGCUUCUAG